GUUCCGAGUGUCUUCCACUCGUUAGAGGUGUCUUACGCACAGUGACGCGCGUUCCACGUCCGUAACCAUAAAACAUAUAUUUUAAGACAGUGUCAAGGUAGAAAAGUCUAGAUUUGAAUUUGAUCUUCUGCUUUUUCUAACCCCCCAUCUAAUUUACCGGUCAUGUCCACCGGCUCCAUCAGCGACGUGGAUGAAUUCCACGAAGCGGAACUGCUGGACGAUCUGCUUAAAUUCGGUUCAGGUAAAGACCCGGGGGCGUCGAACGAAAGUACCGAGGAAAGCUCUAACUGCGACAGCGCUUCCGCCUCAGACCUUACUGGAUCCGCAGGAAAACGGCGCAAAACAGCCGCUUCACGGAAAACGGUGCCCAACGGAGUGGCACGUGAAGGAAAGCAGGUCCAGAGGAACGCGGCGAACGCGCGCGAGAGGGCGAGGAUGCGCGUACUGAGCAAAGCUUUCUCCCGGUUGAAGACCACGUUACCAUGGGUGCCACCAGACACCAAACUCUCCAAACUGGAUACGCUGAGACUUGCGUCGAGUUACAUCGCACACCUGCGACAGAUUCUCGCCAACGACAAGUACGAGAACGGCUAUAUCCACCCCGUCAACCUGACGUGGCCUUUUAUGGUGGCGGGGAAACCGGAGAAUGAACUUAAAGAGAUGCUGAAUUCCACAAGAUUAUGUGGGACCACGGCCUCGUGAGAGGAUCGGACUAAAUCACGGACAUAUUUUAUAUUCUUUUUAUAUACCGAAAGCACGUCAUCUCCUGUUCUAAGGCACGAGGGGGAAUAAUGGGGGAAGACAUCCUCACGCGCAUUCCUGUAAAGAGAAACUGAUUUUUAUUUAAAUAUUUCACAUUCUUGCCUUGCUGGUUCGAGGAAAGUACAAUGUGUGAGUUUUAUACAGUUGUUAUAUCUAGAUUGUUUAACCACUUUUUAAUGCAAAAUAUGCUUUUGGUGACGUGGGUUAAUUGUCCCCAAAUGCAAUUUGCUGUAAACUUUUAAAAAGACAGCAUUUUUAUAAAUAAAAUGUCUUUGGUAUAAUUUUGCA